AAGUUGGUAUCUUUCAGAUACGCUCCCAAAGUACAGCAGCUGCACCAGCAGAGCAAGUGGAAUCCGUACGGGAGAAACGACUCAAGAAAUUCACAGUCUACCGAUGGGAUCCCGAGAAGCAGGGAGACAAGCCUCACAUGCAGACGUACGAAGUAGAUCUCAAUGCUUGUGGACCCAUGGUUCUUGAUGCCUUGUUGAAAAUCAAGAAUGAGAUCGAUCCUUCUCUGACUUUCCGAAGAUCAUGCCGUGAAGGUAUCUGUGGUUCCUGUUCUAUGAACAUUGGUGGUGUGAACACCCUAGCUUGUAUCAGCAAAAUUGACACCAACCUGACCAAGGCUACGAAGAUCUAUCCUCUACCUCACAUGUAUGUGAUCAAAGAUUUAGUCCCUGACAUGAACAACUUUUACGAGCAGUACAGAUCAAUCCAGCCUUGGUUACAGCGGGACGAUGGUCUUCAGCCUGGAGACAAGCAGUACCUUCAGUCUGUUGAUGACCGCAAGAAGUUGGAUGGUCUAUACGAAUGCAUCCUUUGCGCUUGCUGUUCUACUUCUUGCCCAUCAUAUUGGUGGAAUGGAGACAAGUACCUGGGACCCGCUGUGCUCAUGCAGGCCUACCGUUGGAUCAUCGACUCUCGAGAUGAAAUGUCUGAGGAACGUCUGAAAAGGCUGCGCGAUCCUUUCUCAGUUUACCGAUGCCACACUAUCAUGAACUGCACAAAGACUUGCCCAAAGGGCCUUAACCCAGGUAGAGCCAUUGCUGAAGUGAAGAAGCUGUUGUCAGGAAUUGCCAAGAAGGGAGACCCCGGUCUAGAUGCAUUAGGUGCUGCUAAUUAAUUUUUAAUGAUUUUAUUUUUAUUUUUGUUUCUCAAACCGUACACACGUGACACUAAUAUCCGGGUAAAUUGUUCUAUUUUAUUGUAAUUUAUUUUAGACAUCUUGAUUAGCUAGAAUUGUUUUCUGUGCGUAUUUUUAUGUGCAUACAGUGUAGAGGGAAGUUACUGUACUCCCC